AUGCACCCACCAAGAUAAGGUACACACUCUCAUAUCCCUCAUUUUGCACCACCCAUCAUAUCCCCAUUUCACUUUAAUGUCCAAUUCCCAAUCAUACACAUAGCCCAAAUAUAUUUGCUACCACAUUAAAUUAGCGUCACUCCAUCAAAACCCAUACCUUAACACCUAUCUAACGUCCAUUUUACUUUUAUUUCCCUCUCUUGCUAAAGCUUUCUUCAGCCGCUGCGAGUACCACCGGAAACCAUGGCUGAUGACUGCGGCCGCCACGACGACAAGCAGCAGCUCGCAAAGCGUGUAGCGGUAGCCAUUUUCGGGUUCUUAAUCAUCUUUGCCAUUGUUGUUUUCCUUGUAUGGGCAAUUCUCCACCCUACCAAACCCCAUUUCAUUCUCCAAGAUGUAACCAUCUAUGCUUUCAACCUUACAGCUCCCAACUACCUCACUUCAAACAUGCAGAUCACUUUAGUUUCGAGGAACCCCAACGAAAGGAUCGGCAUUUACUACCACAAACUCGAUGUCUUGGCAUCAUACCGUAACCAGCAGAUAACUUUACCGACAUUGAUCCCCAGAACCUACCAGGGCCACCAGGACGUCACUGUUUGGUCCCCAUUAUUGUACGGCAAUGCGGUGCCUAUUGCUCCAUUUCUUGAGGUAGGGUUGAACCAGGACAUGAAUGCUGGGAUGGUGCUACUCAACGUCAAAGCCUUCGGCCAAUUGAAAUGGAAAGUGGGGACUUGGAUUUCAGGUCGGUAUCAAAUAAAUAUCAACUGUCCAAUUUAUAUUUCCUUUACCGGUCGAACUAAGGCCGUCCAAGUUGGUGUAGCUAUGAAGUAUCAGCUUGUUCAAAGUUGCAGUGUCGACAUUUCUCUACUUAACUAGUUAAUUAUUAUUGUUUAUAUGACUCUUUCAACAUAUAAUCAUAUUCUGGUAUUCAGUA